UUUCAUAUUAUUUUUUUCCUCUCUGCAGUGCUUCUCUGCUUCCCUCGAGAGACACAGAGAGAGUCCAAAAAGCUUCAAAUUUCCAUGGAUGCUUUGAUCUACGCCCUCCUCAGUUUCAAAGAAAUCUCUUAGAAACAAGCCCAUUUUUUCGAGGGCUUGCUUGUUUGGAGGGAAUUUAGGAUUUGGCACAUUGCCAAGGGCUUAAAAUGUUGGUUUCUUGAGGUGGGGUUUCAUGGGUUGAACUCACAGAAUAAUGGGUAGUUCGAGAGAAGACGAAGAAUGUCGAUUUUUCGAUGCUCAAGAGGAUAUAUCAUCGAUAUCAGAUUCAAAUUCCGAUAGCAUUGAGGUAUCUGAGGCUAGUUGUAGUUAUGAUAUAUGGAUUCGGAGCCCGGGAAGUGUUAAAGAGCGUCGGAGUAAGUUUUUAGAUUGGAUGGGAUUGAGUUUGGAUCGCAUUGGACAUGAGAAUUCAGUAGAUGUAUGUAGUGAUGCUCCGGCAGAAGUGGUUGAUAGGAUUAGAGAGAAUAGUGGGGCUGUGUUGAGGGACUUAGGUUUUGGAGGUGAGUUUUGUUCCAGCCGGUCUUCAAUGACUUGGUCUAAAGAUGAUACGGAUUCUUCCAAACAGUGUAGUCCGAGGGAGAACUUUGUAUGCAGAGAUGGAACUUCCGGUGGAGAAGUGGGUUUGGGUCAGUCAGUAAGGGCUGAAGAGUCUGAGAAUACUUCUGUGUCAUCGAUUUCAUUUCAACAACUGAUACAGAAGGAAGUUGAAGAGACAAACAAUGUGGUGGGGUCAAUGAAGAGAACCAAGAAGGGUUGGUUGAGUAGAUUACGCUCCAUGGCAUGUGUUGUUGAUAGUCAAGUUGAUGCCGGUCAACUAAGACCUGGUGACAAUGAUGCAAUUCUACGUUCCAGGGUUCAGAGAGUUAAGGUCCGUCAAUCCAGGAAGCAGUUGAAAGAACUUUCAGCUCUUUAUAUGGGGCAAGAUAUCCAGGCCCAUGAGGGUCCAAUUUUGACUAUGAAAUUUAGUCCUGAUGGGCAGUAUCUUGCAAGUGCUGGCGAGGAUGGGAUUGUCCGAUUGUGGCAGGUGGUGGAGGAUGAGAGGUCUAACGAAAUUGACAUUCCGGAAAUAGACCCUUCCUGCAUAUAUUUCACAGUGGAUCAUCUCUCCGAAUUGAAGCCCCUCUUUGUGGAUAAAGAGAAAAUUGGAAAAUUGAAGAGCCUGAGGAAUAAUUCCUCAGAUUCAGCAUGUGUGAUUUUCCCUCCUAAAGUCUUCCGAAUAUUGGAAAAACCAUUGCAUGAGUUCCAUGGGCACGGUGGCGAGAUCUUAGAUCUCUCUUGGUCAAAGAAUAAUUAUCUGCUUUCUUCUUCAAUUGACAAAACUGUCCGUCUGUGGCAAGUGGGAUGUGAGCAUUGCCUCAAAGUGUUUUCACAUAGUAAUUAUGUGACCUGUGUUCAAUUUAACCCUGUUGAUGAUAAUUACUUCAUCAGUGGUUCAAUAGAUGGAAAAGUUCGCAUUUGGGCUAUUCCUGGUUGUCAAGUUGUUGAUUGGACUGAUAUAAGAGAAAUUAUCACUGCAGUGUGUUAUCGCCCUGAUGGACAGGGGAGCAUUGUUGGAUCUAUGGCUGGUAUUUGCCGCUUUUACAAUGUAUCAGAUAAUCAUUUGCAAUUGGACACCCAAGUAUGCGUGCACAGUAAAAAAAAACCACCAUGCAAAAGGAUUACUGGCUUUCAGUUUUUCCCACGAGACUCUAGCAAAAUAAUGGUCACCUGUGCUGAUUCACAAGUCAGAAUCCUUCAUGGCAUUAAUGUGAUUGGCAAAUACAAGGGCCUUCGUACCACAGGAAACCUUAUAUCUGCAUCUUUCACCUCAGAUGGGAAACACAUUGUUUCAGCUUCCGAGGAUUCUAAUGUAUAUUUAUGGAACUGCAGUAGUGAGGAAGACACUGCCCUCGCCCAAGCCAAAAAUAUUAGGUCUUGUGAACACUUCUCCAUCAAUGCAUCUGUUGCAAUACCUUGGUGUGGUCUGAAAUGUGGGAACUCAGUAAGUAGAAGGCACUUUCCAGUCUUGGAUGAGAAUCUGGCAGAAAAUCCGCCUUUUCCUUCACCUGCUUGUUUCUCUCUGAGCCAAGAAUUCCUCUUAGAGUCUUUUCCCAAGGGGUCUGCAACUUGGCCAGAGGAGAAGCUUCCUACUUCAAGCUCAAUUACCAAGCCAUCUAGCAUGAAUAAAUCUCAAUACAAGUUUUUGAAAACUUCUUGCCAGAACACAUCCAGUUCUCAUGUGUGGGGUCUGGUUAUUGUGACUGCAGGCUGGGAUGGACGGAUAAAGUCAUUCCACAAUUAUGGGUUACCAGUACCUCUUUGAAAUAUGAGUGGCCUGGCAGAGGUUUUCUAAUGAAUCAGAAUUGUGAUACCUAAGGUUGCAAAUUUACAUGUUAGUUCAAACAUUAAGUCACUUAACCUUUGUUGUGAUACCCCUGGUUGACUACCACAUGCUGCAAAUCUGAUGUUGGGAAAGUGGACAAAUGACUUUUCAUUUGGCAGCAUCAACCACCACAAUAGGUUCUUCUAUGAAAAACAUUAGUAGCCAUGUGCAGUGUGGAUGAUCCUGACACUUUUGGGUUUUUUUCCAGCGGGCCCCUUCUCAGAUAUCAGGUGUAUUAUCACGGAUCUCAUUCAUGACAAGUGGCAUCAGUUCCAUGGUUGUAAUAUAAUCCAACUUGGGAUCAGCAAGUGGCUGAGGUGAGCUUAUCUGGAUACUUUGCUCAAUUUUGCAACCUGAUUUGUUAGUCUAAAAAGUUUUGU